AAUAUUUAGUAUGGAUAUUUUUUUGGAGCGUCUUCGACGGCCAUGUUUGUUUAGUUUUCAGUCGGGACGAAAAACGCAAGCAUUCAUUCCGUAUUUAUGUCAACAAAUUUCAAAUAAUAAAGUGUUUUAAAAAGUAUUUUGGAAAUAAUCACACCGAAAGAAAAGACAAUAUGAUUGAUUGACAUUCCUGAAAUGUGGCUAAGAAGUGAACAUGUUGGAAGACGGCUCCGAGGCCGUAUUAAUUCUACUGCUUCAUUCAGGGCGAAGGUUCCAGGACGGAUUCCAGGAGGUGUGAGGAAAGUUCCAGCGGUUAAUAAUAGCAGUCAGAGGGUUAAUACUUCCAGCAGGUGCGCAAGAUUGUCGCGGUGGAGAAGGAGAUCUCCGAAUUUAUUGAAAGAAGUUUGCAAAGAGAAUGUGUUGAGCUACAAAAAAUCACCAGUGAUUCGCCACGAGAGAUUACCUCGCCGGCGAAAGUGUAUAAAACGCUCAAUGAUUAUAACACCAAUCCAGCGGGCUCCAAAAAUCGACAAUCCCUCGACAUCGUCUGCGAGUGUAAUAACUGAAGAAUCUCCGUUGAAUUUACAACUGGAAAGUUCAAAAAAUGUGCCGAAGAAAGAUCAAGACUCUCUAUCAAAUCGGCUUAUAAACGAGUUCCUUCCUCCGACAAUCGAGGAGAGCGUUGACUUGUCUUGUUUAUUGCAGGAAGAAGCAAACUUGGAUUUAAAUAUCGACAGUACUUCCCAAGUGCUGUCAGUAGUUGACAUAUUAUCACUGCAUUAUUCAGCUAUCUGCAACAACACCGACAGUACUAAUGAUUACUACAACUCAAUAAUGCAAACGUCAUUACCACCCCAGUCAAAUAUUAAUAACAGCACUAGUAAUUACAUAAACAAGAUUCACAAGUCCCGGCAGCCACAUAGUGACUGCAAGGUAGCUAGUUGUGAUUACGAUGACAACAAAAGCUCUGACGACAAUGGUAACAAAUUCUACGACGAUAAAUUGUACGUCAAUAACCUCAGCAGUGAUGAGAUAGUCAGUAAUUGCAAUGACAAUGACGACAAUGACAAUGAAGACUAUGACAGCGAGGUUGUUGCUGGCAGCGACAUGACGAACAUAGUGACCCAAGAGUCUCAGGAUGACUGGCUGCCAUUCGACCCGUACGUGUUUAUCAAACACUUGCCGCCUCUGACCCCAGCAAUGCGAGCUCGCUGUCCAGCUCUGCCUCUGAAGACCCGCAGCUGUCCGGAGUUCAGUCUGGUCCUGGACUUAGACGAGACUCUGGUCCACUGCAGCUUGCAGGAGCUCUCAGACGCGGCUUUCAGGUUCCCAGUGGUGUUCCAGGACGUUACUUACACUGUUUUUGUCAGAACUCGUCCUUACUUUAGAGAGUUCCUGGAACAUGUGUCGAAUUUGUAUGAAGUAAUUUUAUUCACUGCGAGCAAGAGGGUCUAUGCUAAUAAACUAAUGAACUUACUUGACCCCACGAGGAAGUUGAUCAAGUACAGGCUGUUUAGAGAGCACUGCGUUUGUGUUAAUGGUAAUUAUAUUAAAGAUUUGUCCAUUCUGGGGAGAGAUCUAUCAAAGACGGUCAUUAUUGAUAACAGUCCGCAGGCGUUUGGGUAUCAAUUGGAAAAUGGUAUUCCUAUUGAGAGCUGGUUCGCGGACCGCACUGAUAGCGAGUUGAUUAAGUUGCUACCCUUCUUGGAGAACUUGGUUAUUUCGGGCGGAGAUGUCAGGCCACAUAUUAGGAAUGAAUUUAGAUUAUUUAGCUUUUUACCUCCAGAUUAAGGUUUUUAGGUACUGGAAUUAUUUUUAAAUGUUAUACUUGUUUCUUUAUUGAAAUUUUAUAAUUUUUGUUUUUUAACAGUGAUACUUUCU